AUGGACGGUGAUUCUCUUGGAGUGCUCGGCGAUUCAAGUACUCAUGGCGACAGAGCAGUUAAUGGUCGCUGGCGGCCCCCACUGUGUUCAGAUCGCCGCCCUCGCCUCCGACUCCGAGGGAGAAAUCUGAGCAUUUUCGGGAUUGGGGUUGAGAGACACCAAGGGAGGGUGAAUGGGAGGUUGGUUGCGACAAUGGAGUGGAGUUUAGAGGGUUUCAAGAUUGCGCCAGAGAUUACACUCAUAAGCUCCAUACUAACCGUAAACGGCGAACCAAACUUAAUAUUGCAGAGUUAUCCAAUUAAUGUCUAUAAUCCCACGCCCACUGCAUUACACCCACCACCUAUCACUGAAUCCACACUCCUUCAAGCAGUUGAAUCUUCUCAGCGGCAUUUCAUCGAACACCUUUCCCCACACCUCACCCCUUCCAUUCUCCCCUCUGUUCAAGCCUCCUUUGACCUCACCACUCGAUGCCUCGCCUUUUGUACCCUCUUCCGCCUCUCAUACCCCCAACCCUCCGUCCACCGCCUCCUCCACCCUCUCAUUCUCACCGGUGCCACCAAUCCAGAGUCAAUUCUCAACGAACUGGCAUGUGCCCAGGAGCGUCUCAACGUCAACACCACCAGGGUGUUUGAAGCUCUCAUCACGGCUUAUUGUGAACUUGAGAAGCCUGAUGAGGCUCUGAAGUCCUUCUAUUUUAUGAAGGAAAAGGGGUUUCUGCCAAAUAUUGAAACUUGCAAUGACAUGUUGAUGCUGUUCCUCGAGUUUAAUAGAAACCAGGCUCAGGAGUUUAUUAGGCACUUGGAGACUAUUGGGGUGAAGCCUGCUAUUUAUAAUUAUAACACACUAAUACACAACGGAGAGAAGUACGAAGCAGCUUGUGUGAUGUUUCAGGAUAUGACAGAUGAUGGACUUGUUCUUGGUUCUUACAGCAUUAAUUCUUUUAUUUUUGUGAUGUAUAAAGAAGGAAGGCUUGAGGAAGCAUCUGAGAUACUUCCUGAGAUGUUAGAGUCAAAGUCUGGGUUGGUGCCACAUGCACUAAUAUAUGAUUCCUGGAUUGAUGAGUGCUGCGGUGAAGGGAUUGAAGGGAGUUUGGAUGAUAUAGAUAAGGCUAUUGCAUACAAAGAUGAGAUGAUAAGCAGAGGGAUACAGCCAACGAUUGUCACUUACACUUUGUUGAUUGAGGCACUGUUCGAGGUAGGGCGCUCUUGGGGAGCUGAGGAUAUGAUAAAAGAAAUGCACGAAAAAGGGUUGAAGUCGGAUGUUUAUACUUAUAACACAUUGAUGAGCGGGUAUGCCAAACGCAAGUAUAUGGAUAGACACAUAAGCCUUUAUGAUGAAAUGGUGGAGAAAAGGAUCCAGCCCAAUCUGUUAACAUAUAAUACCAUGAUGCUAGCCUACUGCAGGUGUUGGAAAGUGAAUGAAGCUCAAAAACUUUUUGAUGAGAUGAAGACAAAGGGGAUCAAACCUGAUUAUAUUAGUUACAAUUUACUCAUUGGUGGUUAUUGUGAUAGAGGAGGUGAUGUGAAGGAGGCUUUCAGAGUCCGUGAUGAAAUGUUGAUGGUGGGAUUUGAUCCUACCAUUACCACUUACAAGGCUCUUGUACUGGGCUGUUGCACACACCAUGAAGUUGAGCACGCUGAAGAGGUCCUUAAAGAAAUGGUUAAUAAAGGCAUUUGUACUCCUGAUGACAGAGAAUACCUAGUUUUAACUGAAAUGAUUAAGGAAACAGCUGAUGAAGUGGUGGGAAAUAGGAAACGUUGA